AUGGCAGCACGAGAGUCUGGCAACAGUGAGAUUGAGGCGUUGAUCAUGAAAGGGCUGGCUGCGGCCUACAGUGGAUUGGGCCUGCAUGACAAGAUGGUAGAGUAUGAAGAGCAAGCAUUGAAGAUAGCGAGACAAGCCGGAGACAUUGAGUCUGAGGGAAGAUCCCUCUGUCGGCUAGCAAACAUAUACCGAGACUUGCAGAACACAGAAAGAGCGAUCGAAUGCGCUGAAAGUGCACUGAACAUUGCGAAGAGGAUUGGCGACGGUGAUAUGGAGCAUGAGUGUUAUUUCACUAUCAGCGUG